UUUAUCUCUUUUCUUUCCCUACGAAACCCAAAAUGUCGAAUUGGAACCAAAUACCUACCGAAGUCUUAGUGAAGAUCCUUGAAUUAGCAGAUCACUAUUCGAGAGAGCAGUUUAAAUUGGGUUGCAUGCUGGUCAAUAAACACUGGUCUAUGGUCAGCCGAAAAGUCUUUUACAAAAGAGUCGAAUUAUUUUCACGCAAGCAAUUUGACAACUUUAUGGAAUCCUUGCGUAAUUCCUCGAAUGGCCCAUCCGUCAGAGAAAUCUCGGUGUAUUCCAACUUACCUGCUCAUUUGGAGUUCAUAUUAAGUAUGAUCCUAGACGCAUGUCCGAAUCUAGUAUCGUUGACCUGCCCUGGCCAGGAAUUAAGCAGCUCUUUUUUUGGAAAACUACUCUCAGAAAUUUGUACAAGAAACGGAUUAAAGCUACGAAAUAUACCUGUAUUUGAAGCAGCUAAUGAAGAGUCGAUUCGAGUAUAUGGGUAUGUAGCCUAUGCCUUAAGAAGCACGCUGGAAGAAAUUGUGUUUUGUGAUUGGCCUUUAGAGAACCCUGCUUUUGACCGCGACGAGACAGUAAUCAGAUUAGAAGAGUUUACCAAAGUCAGACAUAUUGAACUCUGGCUGCAUAAGCAUGGUAAUAUCUUUUAUAUUUUGGACAGGAUCCACAAGUGUCCUUCUCUAUCUACUAUAGAAAUUAAAGAUGCCGACGAUGAUUCUGCUUUUGAUCCUAAUAAUGCACUUAAUAUUGCGCAACCAUUUAACUUACAACCUCUUCCAAACAUAUCACAACUUAAAUUGGAUGAAAACAUAGUUAUUACCGACAGACUUCUUCAGUAUAUGAUGCACUUAUUCCCCAAUUUAUCUCAACUACAGUUUACACCACUCAUCGAUGAUGACUAUUAUGACAUCCCAGAGUACACCGACACGCUCAUGCGAUUUCAAAUGUAUGGUUUGGAAAUCUCUUCCGAACUAUGGAUCCAGUUUUUGAAGUAUAUCAUACCAAUAAAAUCAGGUAGGGUUUGUGUGUUGUUUAUCAAAAAUUAUGCCGAAGUCUUUGCAAAAUUCCCAACCCUGUUCCAGUAUCUUGAAAUUCAUUAUUUGAUUCGCCUAAUGGAAGAAGUGCGGACAGGACCAUAUUUUAACUUAUUUUACACCGACAUGACGGAGCCACACGAAAUUCAUGACAGGAAACAUGAUGGUAGUCUCUCCCACCGACUCGCUCUCUAUUGUGACUUAUUUGAAACUGAUGAACUUCCCCAUGAAUCCCUUCUCUCUAUUUACGGGCCCACUUUGAAGGCGUUAAAUAUUACGAUGAACGCUGCUAGAGAAUAUGGUACUCCAGAAAGUCAUGCUUAUAAAAUGGCUGAUGGAAACAUGUUUAAUCAAAUACUUGAACUUUGCCCAGUUUUAAAUACGCUGUCAGUGAAAAAAGGAGAAUUCAACCAUCUUGAUCCUACCCUUGCAAAGUCAACUCAAAACCUGGAAUAUAUACACUUUCACAAUUCCGGAUUUAGUGAAGCCUUUCUCUGCGAAUUAUCUACACUAUUGCCCCAGAGGGUGGAAUUCAUGAUAUUUAUGACUUGUGUAAAUCUACCUGCUCCAACUUCCCUCAACUAUUUCUCAAUAAUAGAUAUGCCCUAUACUUCGUUUGGGUGUUUAAUAUGGAAAGAUGACAUUUUAGCCGAUGAAGACGCACUAUAUCUCAAAAUAACAGAAAAACGAAGAUCAUUGUAUUAUAGAAUAUCCAAUGGUAAUCAGAUAAAUCCAUCUUCAUCCGUCGAAUUUGAAGGUUCCAAAAUGAAUGAGAAAAAGGCCACACUUUAUAUUCGAUGUCUUGAAAUUAAUAAGUUGGUAAUCAAAGUGGCAGAGGAAAUUCAUUUCACUAUGGACUUUGCUGAUAUACCUACGUUUGGUGAGGACGAACCAUACAUACUUCGUCCAGAAUUUUCUAAAAUCCAAGGCGACUAUUUUGACUAAAUAUUUAACACAAUGAAUAAAGCAUUCACUAGCUUGAAUACUGACUAUAAUUACAUAUCCUAUGA